AUGAUUGAAAAUCGCCUCUGGAUCAGAUCCCAACAUCGGCAGCUGAUUGAUAGCCGAGCAAAUCCUCUCGUAGUGAUCAGGCACCCAUUUAUCAUAUACAUUCUUCACAAACCGGUGCGCCGCCCAUUUCCCCUCUUCCUCCUCAUGCUCAAAUCUAUAGCUGUGGAUCGGAUGGUGAUAGGCAAAUCCAACCGUCAAGUCGGGCUGUGGCCGCAUUUCAGUCAGGGGAACCGAAUUAUUCCAGCCUCUGUAAAAGCUUGUGCUCAGGAUUUGGACCCCUUCAUAGGGCUUCAUGUGCGAGCUGAACAUUUCGGCGGCCUCGAGCUCAGUCUUGUCCUGUUCGAGAGACUCGAAAAAGUCAACGCCAGGUUCCAGUCCAUCGGGAUGUUCCUGAGGUUCCUCAAGCCACUUUUGACAAAGCUCCGUGAUUUUGGGGUCGGCGCCUAG